AUGGGCGACGUCAAGAGCCACGACUUCGCCGACCAGCCCGAAGUCGUGCCCGCCCUGAGCCACGAGGAGCACGCGCCGGCCCAAACAACAGCAACGACGACGACAGCACCCAAUGCUGCUGUUCUGGACGUCGACACCGAGAAACAGGUCGCGGCCCCGGACACCAAAGAGGCCGAGAUCGAGGGCAACGAGGUGACGGCCGCGCGCCGGCGCGACCUGCAGCCGCCCGCGUUCCUGGUGGGCAUGUCGGCCGAGGAGCGCCAGGCGAUGGAGACGAAGCUGAAGCGCAAGAUUGAUUUGCGGCUGAUGCCCAUGAUCAUCCUCAUGUACAUUCUCAACUACAUUGACCGCAACAACAUUUCGGCAGCGACGCUGGGCGGUCUCAAGACGGACCUGAACAUGAACUCCCAGCAGUUUUCGACGGCCGUCAGUAUUCUCUUUGUCGGUUACCUGUUGAUGCAGAUUCCGUCCAACCUGUUUCUUAACAAGACGGGCAAGCCGGCCAUCUACCUCCCGGCAUGCAUGAUCGUCUGGGGCGUCAUCUCAGGCGCCACGGCCGGCUGCCACAACGCCGGCCAGCUGUACGCCGUCCGCUUCUUCCUCGGCUUCAUCGAGGCCGCCUACUUCCCGGGCUGCCUGUACUACCUGAGCUGCUGGUACACCCGCAAGGAGCUCGGCUUCCGCUCGGCCAUCCUGUACUCGGGCGCCCUGAUCUCGGGCGCCUUUUCCGGCCUGAUUGCCGCCGGCAUCGUCGCCCACAUGGACUACGCGCGCAACCUGCGCGCCUGGCGCUGGCUGUUUAUCAUCGAGGGCGCCAUCACGGUCGUCAUCGCCUUUGCCGCCUUUUUCAUCCUGCCCAACUUCCCGCGCACGACCAUGUGGCUGACCGAGGAGGAGCGGCAGCUGGCGGCGUGGCGCCUCGAGGAGGACAUUGGCGACGACGACUGGAUCGACAGCAAGCACCAGACGUUCUGGCAGGGGGCCAAGCUGGCGUUUGAGGACGUCAAGACGUACGUGCUCAUGGUCCUGCUCUUCUGCAUCGUCGCCAGCGGCAGCAUCACCAACUUUUUCCCCAUUGUCGUGCAGACGCUGCACAAGAACAACGUCGAGACCCUGCUGCUGUCGGCCCCGCCGUACGUCCUGGCCGUCAUCACGACCUACCUCAACGCCAUGCACGCCGACCGCACGGGCGAGCGCUUCUGGCACAUUGUGGUGCCCCUGAGCGUCGCCAUCAUCGCCUACAUCAUCGGCGUGUCCACCACCUCCAUCGGCCCCCGCUACCUGUCCAUGAUGCUCGUCGUGCCCGGCGUCUACACCGGCUACGUCGUCGCCCUCGCGUGGAUCAGCAACACCAUCCCGCGCCCGCCCGCCAAGCGCGCCGCCGCCCUCGCCUUUAUCAACGCCGUCUCCAACACGAGCAGCAUCUACGCCAGCUACAUGUUUGACAGCAAGUUUGCGCCGCAGUACAAGAUUGCCUUUAGCGUCAACUGCAUGACGGCCUUCAUCUCCAUCCUCGCCGCCAUCGUGCUGCGCUUCAUGCUCGUGCGGCUCAACAAGAAGCUCGACCGGGGCGAGUACGUCAAGGGCGCCAUCAACGCGGUGCCCGGCGCCGCCGUGGAGCACGGGUUCCGGUUCAAUAUUUAG